AUGGUUGAAACAAGUGACAAAGAAUUACUAGAAAUGAGUAAAAACCUCCGCAGACAACGUGGUGGUAUAAAAAAGACACUAACUGAUUUUACGAAAAAAUUAAAAACUUACAAAUCAAAUCUAGUUUCAUGUGAUGUUGGUGAGCUAGAAGUAGCACUUGAAACGGUCAGAGAUCGUUUUGCUUCCUUUGCAUAUAUUCAAGAUCAAUUGGAAGAAAUUGAUCCAACAACUGAAAGCCCAGAAAGGGAACCAAUUGAACAAAAUUAUUUUGCAGCUGUCUCAGAGGCACGUAAAAUAAUAAACAAAAAUAAAACAAAUACAAACAAUUCGAAUGAUAACAAUGGAAAUACAAGUGGUCAUUCAUUUAACAAUAUGAAUAUACCAGUACCAACAAUACAAAUACCAAAGUUUGACGGUACACCAGAAAAAUGGGCAUCAAUUUACAGUGUAUUUAAAACAACAAUUGACAACAACAAUUCAAUGCCAAAGGCUUUGAAACUUUAUCAUUUAUUAAGUGUUGUUACUGACAAAGCCUGGUCACUUAUCGGCCAUUUAGAAAUUGACGAUGCUAAUUACAAUAGUGCAUUAUCUAUAUUAAUUGAUAAAUACGAAAAUACUCGUCGCUUAGCUCGUCGACAUUGGACAAUAUUACGAGACUAUCCUCAUUUAAAAAAGGAUACACCAGUUGGACUUGGUGAACUAGUUGAUACAUUUAGACAACAUACUAAAGCAUUACAAAAUCUCAAGGUUCCUGUACAUGCAUGGGACAUUCCAUUGACUGAUUUAAUUUUAUCAAAAAUUAAUCAAAAUACAAUUUGGCAAUGGGAAGUAACAAUUAAUUCUCGUGAAAUACCAAAAUACACAGACUUAUUAGAUUUUUUAGAACAACGUGCUAAUUGUGCAGAUUUUAGUGUGCAUGAAGAAAAAACAAGUGAAGUGAAAAAGAGUGAAAAAACCCAAGUCAAAAAGGGUGGAGCAUCAUUGGCAACAACUACAUCUCGUACUUGUCCAAUAUGCUCUGAAAAUCAUAUAAUUUAUAAGUGUGAUAUUUUUAAAUCACAAAAUCAAGAAGAGAAAUACAACUCUGUUAGAAAGGCCUCAUUAUGUAUAAAUUGCCUCAUGAAAGGUCACGGGGUCAAAGAAUGCAAGUCUACAGGGUGUCAUACCUGUCAAAAGAAGCAUCACACAUUUUUGCAUCGGCCAACAGCCACUGAGUCUGAGGCCAACACAACAUCUGUUCCAGCAGCAGAUGUAAACAAACAAAUUUGA